UCCCGUGGAUAGGAGGUCUCCAUUUUUUUCUUUCCUCGCCAGCAGCAACAUCCCAAGGCAGCACUACUCGCCUCCCGUCCUUUACCUUGUUUCUCUAGCUACAGAUAUCUUAUACAGCUCUUUUCCAAGACGUCUCGUCUUCUAUUUACACUUUAUUUCUUCUCGAAGUCUCGUCUCUCUUAAACAUGAAGGGCCUAACUCUCGCCCAGCUGCUUGCCACUGGGCUCGUAGCUGCCACGGCCGCCGCCGGCUUCACGGGGCCUUCUACCCGGAGUCUGACUCUGCGCUAUGCUGGUGCCUUGGCUGCCGUCGCUGCGCCGGCUUUUGCCGUCUCUCCCGAUGUUACCUUCCCCAUGGAGGAGAAGCGCGAUGGUGACGGACAUGGACAUGGACACGGCAAAGGUGGCGACGGAGAUGAUAACGAGGGAAAGGGUAAAGUUGACUUCUCCCAGAGAGACCUUCCUCCCAAUAGAAAGGGAACUACCGCAAGGCGCGAGAAGCGCAGAGGUGGUGGCGGCAGCGGCGGACAUGGACAUGGCGGCGGUAGUGGAGGUGCGACGGCAGGAGCUAAAGGUGGCGAUGGAGACGAUAAUAGGGGCAAGGACAAAGGCGACGGGGAGGGUAAAGGCAAAGAGGAGAAGAGGGCUGACAACAAUAAAGUCGUACGCGAGGCUGAGCUUGCGGCCCGUGCCUACGACGCGUACGGCGGGGGCGCACAGGCGGCCCCAUCCUCAACUGCGGCUUCAUCCCCAGUUGCGGCACCAUCCCCUUCCCCUUCCCCUUCCCCGUCCCCCUCCGCUGCGGUACCUUCGCCGCCGGUCCCGAGCCCGAGCGCAGCUGCCGCUGGCUCUUGUAGUAAUGGCAAGGCAACGGGCGAUGGAAAGGCAUCGGGCGAUGGAAAGGCAACAGGCAACGGCAAGGCCUCUGCUGGCGGGUACAAGCGAAAGCGUGAUGCUGACGACGAGGAGCGUCCGGGGGCUUAUUGAGGACGGUGAAUGUUUCGAACGGCUCCGGGCUGAGU